UUAGUUGAUCCCCAGGGACAGGACUGCUAUGGGGGUCUCUGCUCUGACUUGGAGGAAUGAAUCCCCUGGGGAGCACACGCUACUCACCUUUGACCCUCGGUACCUUGAACAUGGUUACAAGUGUGUGUUUGUUGGCCUCUACCAGAUGUUGUGGGCACGAGCAUAGCAGUUUUACUGAUGUAGAAGCCAUUUUAGUCUACGGCAAAGAACCAGUCAAGGAGUUUAGUGCAAAGUACACUGGUUUUUUUUAUUUGCGAGAAAGGGUGUUAUUGCAUGAGUUUUGGUGCAAUGGCGGUCCGAUGUGGUGUUGCACAAUAACUGUAAAAUCUCCCUGGCUGUUUGAGCUGAGCAUUCUAACGUGAUUAAUGAGCCGCACCGUGGACCAACCCUGUCCAGACCGCUGCGCGAUAUGUCUGCUGCGUUAGCAGGACAGAAGAGCAGAUACUUUGAGUUUUGGGAAUUGUGUAGAAAUUCCCUAUUUAAUGUAAUUCCUUUUGGAAAAUUGGAGCCCGAAUAUGUGUGGUCUGGCAAAGGGAGUCAGCUAUUGUUAGCUGAAGAAACAUGCUGCAGUGUUUAGAAUAAGAGCGAGUGAGUUCUGCCGUGUUUGUCUUUCGCGUGUGUGUUCGCGCACGUGUGUGUGUAUUCGAGGAUGCUUGCUGAGUCGCAGCAGGGACCCGUGAGCUGGGUGGGACUCUCGUCUAGACGGAUUUGUGUCGUUUUGGCCGCAUGGGCCACGCUGUAAAUUCAGGCGAGACUCGGGUUCGGGUUUGCAAACCCGCUGUUUGUUAUUGCAGAUGACUGUGCAGUUCAGUGCGAGGCCUUGUGGGGAGUUUCUCUGUUUUGUCUGGCGUGGGGCGAUUCACCUCGCUCUUGGUUUUGCUGGUUUGCCUAAUUCUUGUGGAUGGCGGAAUGCAUGAUGAUGAGGUCGUACCCUCUGCACGUGUGCUGUCUGUGCUGCCCUCUGCUGGAGGGGAGUCGAACUGCAGGCACAAGCCGUUCCAAAACACACCAUGUCAUUGUGCCGACACCCCAGUGCCAAGCCCAUGAGCAAAGAGGUGGCCAAAGGUCCUGUUCCGGAUGUCGUCCUGCGGAGUGACAGCGACUCCCAGAAGGUCCAGCGAGAGCACACGAGGCGCUCAGGGGAGAUCGAGGAGGAGGACGCGGUGGAGGAGUCCGAGCGGCGGGUGCCGGAUGUGGAAAAAGAUGACCUAGCUUCGCGGCGGGCACGCAUGAAUCGCUCUGCUCCCAGGCUGAAGCAGCAGUUCCUCCCACCUGCCUGCAGCAAUAAGGACUGGGAAAAGUGGGAAGGCAUUCGCCGGGCCUCCCAGCAGGCCGCUCUGCAGCAGCAGGCGCUCAGCGAGCACGAGGACGUCUCUCCAGAUGCGGCCGACAUCGUUACCCGCAAGGAGAACCCCUUCGUGCAGCCGAGUCGGGAGCAGGACGUGGAUGAUGGGAAGGAGGUGGAGGAGGAGAGGCAGAAAGGCGGGCAGGGGAGCAGCCCCCAGGCCCGGCCCAAUGUGCACAAGGAUGACCUGGCCCGCAGGAGAGCCCAGAGCGGCCCCGUGCCCCACAGCGACCCCCUGCAGACCUUCGUCCAGGCGUCCAUCACGCAGUCCGACCUGGAGAAGUGGCAACGCCUUAAGAUGACCACCGAGCCCAGCGAGAGCGAAUUGGACACAUCCAGCACCGUCACUCGUAAAGAAAGCCCCUUCCUGCAGAAGUGGCAGGGUAAGGAGGAGCUGGUGGAGGAAGGAGGGCAGGAAGCUGGGCAGGGGAGCAGACCUCAAGCCCAGCCUGCCAUGCAGAAGGAUGACCUGGCCCAAAGGAGAGCCCAGAGUGGGGUCCCACCCAACAGAGACCCCCUCCAGGCUUUUAUCCAGGCCUCCAUCACCCAGUCUGACCUGGAGAAGUGGCAACGCCUUAAGAUGACCACAGAGCUCAGGUGCCUUCUUGCCCUUCAUUAUGCUGUUCCACAUCUCCUGAACCCUCUCGGGGUCGAUGCUCUGCCAACAUUUGACGUAUGUUUCCAGACAGAAAGUAAUUACAUUAGCCCUAAAAGAGGCGCUUACCUCUCCCUAGACUGAGCUUGCCGAAAAUCACCAGAUAUUAAAUGUCUGGCACGGAUAUUAAGCAGCUUUUCGUGUUUGGAGCUGUUCGAUGUGCAGACAUUUAAAGUAACUCAGAGUCUGACUUAAGCACUGAUCUCGAUGUGUUUUUUUACCAGAUGCUCUUCAGAUGAUAAAUUUGCCAUUGAAAAGUGUUCAUCUGUAGAAGUGACGGGUGUGUGUUGGGUUUUCUUAGAAGACUUGGGGAGAGCACUGCUGCUACGGUGUGUCUUGUAGAGUACGAACAAGUCCUGCAUGUCUUGUGGUCACUGACGUUUCAUGGUGCACCUGGAUGUCAAGCACAUUAUUCCUUCCCAGCCAGACUGAAAAGGGAACAGAAAAACCGUAGAUGGAUGCCAAAGAGCCAAGGGCUGCGGAUAGUGGUUACGUAGGGUGGACAUUACCCUUUUCCAUAGACUUUGAUGCAAGUGACUGUUUGCUUUGGACCAGUGUUGCCAUGGGAGACAUUCAUCAUUCCCUCUAAAGCUUUCCUGCAGGCUUCUUUCUUUCUGGUUUGUGCGUGAAAGGUCAUCGGCGGAUGUGAACAGAGGGACGACUUUGGCAGUCCUGGCGAGUGCACGCUAGGGGCAAUAGGGUAAUGGACAUCACCAUGUGGUGAUGGUGGAAAGCUCAGCUGUUUGGGGGCAGUUUUCCGCUUCUUACGUCAGAAGCUCGGAUAGAUGAGAGUGGCUGAGAUCCAGCUGCCAGGGGAACCGUUGUUUCCACUUUCUGACACAUACUGCGCUUCCUCGGUAUGGCGACCUGCCCCAGGCACCUUUCUGAUUUGCUGUCACCAAGGUGCUUCUUCUUUUGUUGAGUUUGGAGCAUGUUGGUGUGUUCAUCCCUGUGGUUACUAUGGUACUCGUCCAAUAUCUGGCUGCACAGUGAGGACCCUCCACCCCAAGUCACAAAUUCAGGCUUACCAUCACACACGUUUCCUUUGUCCAUGAAACACUCCUCUGCUCUCUUCAUGGCACUUCUGUUUAAUUUGAUUUCCUCUCCCUGACCUCUUACGCUGUUCUAACACUCUCUGUCCUGCGUUCUGCCCCCUGCCCCCUUGUUCUG